AUGACUCACAAAUCCGACUCGCGGACCCGGAACCGGACCCGAACCCGCUCCGGAUGCAGUCGCCACCGCACCCAAUCCUCCACCGGAAUAUGCGCCGCGUGCUUGCGCGAACGCCUCUCCACCGUCGAGCCUUCCGAUGAUCCGGACCUCUCGUCCGCGCACAUCAUUCCCGCGCUUAUCGAGAACCCCGCCGGAAAUGGCGGGUGCGGAGCUCGCCGGAGCAAUGCCGCCGGAGAUUCGUCCUCCUUCGCGCCGGAUCUCCGGCGCUGCAGGUCAGUUUCCGCUUCUAGGCUCGACGCUGCCGCUGGGUCCACCACCGAGCCCCGUCGCAAGUCCUGCGAUGUUGGGGAUCGGAACACCCUCGCGCUUCUCUUCGACAUCAAUGACAAGAACAAUGCGCCCAAUGCGGAUACGAAAGUGGAAUCGAAGAACAUUAGGUUCUCCAGGCUAGCUCAGUGCGAUGAGGAGCUAGUCAAAGAUGCGGAAAUUGGGGAGGAAAUUAGGGUUCCUGUCAAUACAUUGCAGCCAAAUGUGGAGGAUGCUGCUAAUGACGAUGUCUCCAUGGAAGGAGAGCUCAAGACGAUGAAGGAGUAUAUCGAUCUUGAAAUCCAGAGUAAGAGCCAGAAACCAAAGGAUUUGAAGGACAUUGCUGGGAAUUUCUGGGAAGCAGCUUCAGUUUUCAGCAAGAAAUUGCGAAAAUGGAGUCAAAAACAGACUGCUAAGAAGCCCGGAAGUGGAGACGGGAAAAGAGUUGAUCGUAAUAGUAACAAUAAUGCGUUGCCUACAAGAAAGGGUAAGCAGAAAGUAGAAAUGUUGAGGGAGAGCCGGUCUGAGAUUGGGGAAAACGCAAUGGGUCGAAGAUCCUGCGAUACUGAGCCUAGGUUUUCUGUUGAUGCUGGUAGGUUGUCUGUGGAAAAUCCCAAGAUUAUAAUGGAUGAGCCUAGGGCUUCUUGGGAUGGUGGCUAUUUAGUAGCUAGGAACACUCCAAGGAUUCCUCCUAGGUUAUCUGUUAGUGACAGCAUGAUGCUGGGAGGAGGGGACACCAUUUCUGAUUGCAAUAGCUUAUCCAUUGAUGGGCAAAUGCAGUCCAUCAUGGAGGAUGAGAGUAGCUCUGGGGGUUCAGGGCAGUCCAAUUCGGAUUCGUCCUAUUCCCAAAGGGAGAGUAGUUUCGACAGGUCGAGUUCUGUGUGGAGUUUCGACAGGAAAGGCUUGGGAUUAGAGUGCGACGAAUCCAAGUCUGCAAGUCUCAAAUUGGUCAUCACCGAGAGGGAGCUGAGAGAUUGGCACCUUAAAUCUGUCAAAGAUCAUUGCGUCGAAAAGCCUGAGCCUUUCCCCCAGGAACCCACUCCUCUUGAAGCUAGUAAACCCUUCAAUGUCUCGAAGAAGUCCACUAGGUGGAAGAAGGUCUGCAAUGUGUUUGGUUUCAAGCAAAAACGCGGUGAAAACUUAGCGGGGGAAUCCAUGAACACGAAAUGUUCAGUUCAUGAUAAUCCCGAGAAGCCGAAGAGGGAGAUUGAGGCAAAGGAGCUUAAAGGCGUGAGGCUUAUGCGUAGCAACAGCAGCAUUGUUAGAGGUAGAAGCUCCAUUGACAAGACUGAAAUGAUCCCCAGUAGGAAAAGUGUUUCAGAAGGUGUUGCCUUUGCCAACACUGCCAGGUUUCUACCAGAGAGAACCAGAAAUGGAAGAUGCACUUCUGGGCACUUUGACAAUGGUGUCCUUCCAUUUUAUUUGAUGCCAUUGAGGAGUUCAAGAAGCAAAAACAGUAGAAGCAUGCUUCUCAACUCUGAUUGCAUCUCCCAAAAUGUUCUGAACUGA